AACCAUGACAGCGGAAGUGAUGCACUGUUGCCUGGCGUUCGUUGCUAAGCGACGCGCUUUGCGCCCAGCGUAGGGCUGGCUGCACCAGAGGCGGGAAGCGCGAGCUGAGGAGCCAUGGCAGGAGCAUGGCAGCACCCGUUCCUCAACGUCUUCCGAUACUUCAGAGUGGACGAGUGGAAGCGGUCCAGCAAGGAGGGCGACGUGGCUGUGGUGAUGGUACUGGGUACUUCCUCCUGGGGAAUCUUCCAGAUGGCGACCUGCUGCUGGGUGCUUUCUGGUCCACUGUGGCCUGUACUCUGUUCUUUCUCCAGGACAAGACCCUGAAGAGCUCCGUAUAUCGUAUCCGGGGCUCUGUCUCUGCCAGUAACUACCUCCAGCUUCCCAGAACCAGCACUCAGUCCCUGGGGCUAACCGGGCGGUACCUAUAUGUACUCUUCCGGCCGCUGCCCACCAAGCAUUUUGUCAUCCACCUGGAUGUGGCCACUCAGGACAGCCAAGUCAUCCGACUGUCUUUCUCCAGUCUCUUCAAGGAGUUCAAGUCCUCAGCCACGUGGCUUCAAUUCCCCUUUGUCUUUGAGACUAGGACACUCAAGAGAGGGACAGCCCCCCCAUGUGCCCGCUGGACCGUCUUGCAGCUUGACUUACAUGAUAUCCUGUUGGUUUACCUGAGCCGGUAUUAUGGCCACCUCAAGAGUAUCAGGCUGUGUGCCAACUUGCUGGUUAAGAAUCUCUACACCAGUGACCUGAGCUUUGACCCAGCUGUCACUGUCACUGAGGCCCAGCGAACAAAGUUGCCCAUCACUCCUGUUCCUCGAGAAAUGGCCUUCCCAGUGCCAAAGGGGGAGAGCUGGCAUGACCAUUAUAUUCACAUCCAGUUUCCAAGCGACAGCCCACAGGCACCUUCUGAGCUGGUUCCUGCUGCAGCCUUUUUGGAACCUGUGCCACAGCUUCCCUCUCCCUUAGUGGCCCUCAGCAAGCCCAUGCAGUAUAGGAUGCUUCCUGUGAUACAGAUGGCCAGCCACACAACUUCUUGCCCAGCCCACUCUGCACCCAGGGUCCUUCCGGAGGUCAACCUAUCCUGCAUACAUUCAGAGAUGUCCCACCUAGAUGGACUAAGUGUUUGUGGGCGAGAUUCCUCGGCCUGGGUGGAGGACUCUGAUGCACACACUAUGGUCAGUGGCAGCCACAUGCUCACCCAUAAGCCCACUAGUACGCCUGUGGCCCUUGAGGAUGCUGGCUCCCAUAAGCACUUCCUCCCGGACCCAGUCCUGAGGCUCAAGGGGAUCAUUGGCUUUGGGGGCCACAGCACCAAAUGGGCCCUGUGGACUAAGGACGGGGCAGCUGUGGUUUACCCUUGCCAUGCAGUCAUUGUGGUGUUGCAUGUCUCCACUGGGGAGCAGCGUUUCUUCCUUGGCCACACAGACAAGGUGUCUGCCUUGGCUCUGGACAGGAACAGCUUUCUGUUGGCCUCAGCCCAAGUGCAGCCCCCCAGUGUGGUAAGGCUUUGGGACUUCCCGACAGGGCAGUGCUUGUCCCUCUUUCAGAGCCCGAUGUAUGCUGUCUGCUCCCUUAGCUUCUCCAGCAGUGGGGCUCUUCUCUGUGGUGUUGGCAAGGACCACCAGGGGAGGACGGUGGUUGUGGCAUGGGGCACUGACCAGGUGAACCGUGGUGGUGAAGUGGUAGCUCUUGCGAAGGUGCAUGCUGACUUUGAUGUCCAGACCUUGCGGGUUUCCCUUUUGGAUGAGACCAGAAUGGCAUCAUGUGGGCGAGGCAGCAUACGGCUGUGGCGAAUGCGUGGUGGGACUCUGCGUUCCUGCCCCGUGGAUCUGGGGAAGCACUGUGGACUGGAGUUCAGUGACCUCGCUUUUGCACAGGCCCUGGAUGGUUGUCAGGUGCCCUCAAUCCACACUCUCUAUGUGAGCAGCCGCAGUGGCCACAUCCUGGAGGUUGACACCCAGCGCAUGGCAGUGCAGUGUGUCCACCACUUGCUGCCUACAGGGGUCCCAAGUGGAUGCCACCCCAGAAAACAAUCCUUCAGUGCAGGCCCUGACAUCGCCAUCAGCAGCCUCAGUGUCUCUCAGACUACAUGUGCUGUGGGUUCUGAGGAUGGCUACCUGCGACUCUGGCCACUGGACUUCUCCUCAGUGCUCCUAGAGGCAGAACAUGAAGGCCUCGUCAGCUCAGUGUGCAUUAGUCCCGAUGGUCUUCGUGUGCUGUCUACCACCUCAUCAAGCCACCUAGGCUUCCUGGACAUCCCAUCCCAAAAGUACACUGUGCUGGCACACUCCCAUAUGGCCCCGGUGCUAGCGUUGUCCCUGGAGCAGAGCCGAAGGCACCUGGCCACUGUAUCCCUGGAUCACACUGUCCGCAUCUGGGACCUGGCCACCUUGCACCAGCUACAUGACAUUACAUCCUGUGAUGAGGCCCCCUGUGCCAUCACCUUCCACCCCACAUGGCCAGCUGUCUUCUGUGGCUUUAGGAGUGGAACCAUACGUGCCUUCAGUCUGGAGAAUUCAGGAGUCUUAGUGGAACACACGUGUCACCAAGGAGCCAUCACUGGCCUGCUAGUUACCCCUGAUGGUAACUUCCUGUUCAGCUCCUGCUCCCAGGGCUCCCUGGCUCAGUAUAGCUGCACCAACUCUGAGUGCCACAUCCUUCGUGUAGCAGCCAACAUUGUGUGCCAGGAUACUCAACCGCAUCCCAAUACCCUAGCAGUCAGCAGAGAUAGCCGCCUACUGGCCUUUGUGGGUCCCUCCAAGUACACAGUUACAGUCUUGGACUCAACCUCUCUAGAUGAGCUGCUGCGGGUUAACAUCAGUACUCUGGACAGCCUGGACUCAGCUGUGGCCAUCUGCUUUGGCCCCACAUCCCUGGGCCACCUUCUUGUGUCCACAUCAUCUAACAAAGUUAUGGUAUUGGAUGUGGUAUCAGGACGCACUAUCCGGGAGCUGUCCAGUGCCCGCCCUGUGGCUUGUGCCUCCCUUGCUCUCAACGAGGAUGCUUCUUUCUUGCUGGCGGCCUCUGGCCAGGCCAUUGAAGUCUGGGAAUACUCAACGCAGUCUGACCCCAGCUGCCAGGUGUACAUCGGUCACUCAGAGCCCGUGCAGGCUGUGGCUUUCACCCCUGACCAGCAGCAGGUCCUCAGUGUGGGGGAUGCCAUCUUCCUCUGGGAUGUCCUGGCUACCCCUGAGAGUAACAGAAGCGUUCCCAGGGUCUCCUCAGCCCGUGAGGCCGGACAGCUGGAGAAUGUCGUGUCUGGGUCCAGGGGGCUCCCCCAGCAGAAGGUGUCCACCACCCAGCUAGACACAUUCUCAUCAGAAGAGCAAGGAUGCUGUGAGGAAAGCCACAGUCCCACAGGGGUCCACAAGUUCCCAGACCCACCUGUGUCUGUGGAGAAGGAACCCAGUGGAGCUGGAGAUAUGGCCUGGGGAGCUGCCCGUGGCUCCUGGAAGCCCCAAGGCCGGCCCAGUACCUGGAGCACCAGAAAAAUAAAGGCCCAGACCCCUACCCGACCGGAUUCCUAUAAGCACUUCACUGCUCGCUAUAAGGCCUUCAUGCUGGCCAAGAAUAUCUCCCGUCCUCCUGCUGGUGGUGGGCAGCUGCGCCUGAAGGCUGUGGUGGGUUACAACGGGAAUGGGCGGGCCAACAUGGUCUGGAGGCCUGACACAGGCUUCUUUGCCUAUACGUGUGGCCGCCUAGUGGUGGUAGAAGACCUACAUUCUGGAGCCCAGCAGCACUGGCUCGGCCACCCUGAGGAGAUUUCCACACUGGCCCUCAGUCACAAUGCCCAGGUCCUGGCUUCUGCAUCUUGCUGUGGCAGCACUGCUGCCCUCUGCCAGAUCCGCCUCUGGGAUGUACCCGGGGGCCUCUGCCAGCAGCUCAUAUCCCAUCAUGACAGCGCAGUUCAGGCCCUGGCCUUCUCUCCAGAUGAUGCAUUCCUUGUAACACUAGGGGACUACCGUGACUGCACCCUUGCCCUGUGGAGCAUGGCUACCUAUGAACUUCUGUCAUCUAGCCGUCUUCUGGAGCCUAUGCAUGGUGUGGCCUUCAAUCCCUGGGAUGCAGACGAGCUCACCUGUGUGGGCCCAGGUGCCAUCACCUUCUGGCUUCUGCGGCAACGUGGGGCAGACAUCAGCCUCCAGGUGCACCGAGAGCCAGUCCCUGAGGAAAUGGGGCUGGCUGAGCUGACCUCACUCUGCUACGGAGUUGCUCCCCUGCUCUACUGUGGCUCUAGUUCUGGCCAGGUCUGCGUCUGGGACACAGGUGCUGGCCGCUGUUUCCUGGUCUGGGAAGCAGAUGAUGGUGAAAUUGGUUUGUUGGUAUGCUCAGGAUCCAGGCUGGUUAGUGGAAGCAAUACAAGGAGACUGCGUCUGUGGGCUGUGGGUGCUGUGCCUGAGCUGUGGCACAAGGGCUCAGAUGCUAGGUCCAGUUCUGUGUUCAUGGAGCGUGAGCUGAACCUAGAUGGGGCUGUGGUGAGUGCCAGCUUCGACAGUGGCAUGGACAUGGGUGUGGUAGGCACCACAGCUGGCACACUUUGGUAUAUCAGCUGGGCUGAGGGUACCAGCACUCGUCUCAUCAGUGGCCACAGGAGCAAGGUGAAUGAAGUGGUCUUCAGCCCUGGUGAGUCAUACUGCGCCACCUGUGGUGAGGAUGGGAGUGUGAGGGUGUGGUCCUUGGCCAGCAUGGAGCUGGUGAUCCAGUUCCAGGUACUGAACCAGAGCUGUCUCUGCCUUGCAUGGAGCCCCCCAUCCUGUGGACACCCAGAGCAGCAGCAGGUGGUGGCAGGCUACAGUGAUGGCACACUGCGUGUCUUCAGUAUCUCCCGUACCACGAUGGAGCUCAAGCUGCACCCCCAUCGGGCUGCACUGACAGCCAUUGCCUUUUCCACUGAUGGUCAGACCAUUCUCUCUGGAGACAAAGAUGGACUUGUGGCAGUGAGCCGCCCCCGCACAGGAAUGACUUUCCGUGUGCUGAGUGACCACCAGGGUGCUCCGAUCUCUGCCAUCCAAAGCACACGCAAAGAGUAUGGCGACCUAGGAGUGGAGGGUGAAGACCUAUGGCUGGCUAUUAGUGAGGACCAGCGGGUCAGCGUCUGGGCCUCCAACUGGCCACAGAACCACUGCAAACUCCUGGACUGGUUGAGCUUCCCAGCACCUGCUGCUUUGGAGACCACAGGCCUCCUGCCACCCUCCCUUGCCACCUUCUGCCCCUGGGACCUAGCGCUGCUGGUAUGUGUGGGCCUUGGCACACGUGAAGAGGUAGUCUUCUACAGCCUCCGCCAGAAGCAGGUGGUAGAGAAAAUACUGCUACCCUUCUUUGCCACAUCCCUGAGCCUGUCUCCAGGGACCCACCUCAUGGCUGUUGGCUUUUCUGAGUGCACACUGAGCCUGGUGGACUGCACAUCAGGGACCACCCAAGAGUUUGCUGGCCACGAUGAUGUGGUGCAUCUGUGCAGGUUCACCCCAUCAGGCAGGCUGCUCUUCACGGUGGCCCACAGUGAGGUCCUGGUGUGGGAGGUCCUGAGCCCCUGAACUGCAGUGGACCUGCCUUCCCAGGUGCACCAAAAGACUUGCUGUGCCUUGGGGCCGGUGUGAAUGAUGGACUGAUGACUGGGACAGGACCAGACUAAAUCGUCCUAAGCUGUCUUGAAUUCAGGUCACCUGGAAGGAUUUAUGGGACUUGGAGAUGUAACUCUGGUAGAGCAUGUGCUCAGCACAGGAAAAAAAAAAAAAAUUAGAAUACAUGUUGGCUUUUACCUAAGAUGUUUUUUUGGUUUU